CGAGCGUCCGCGCGAGAAUCCUAUCGGCCAGUCGUUGCGUCGAAAUCUCCGGCUCGCGAGUCGCACCUGAACUCGCCCGGAAACGCGGCAGCCGGCUCGGAAGCCGUCUUUAAUCUUCCUUCCGUUUUCUUCCGACAGCCCGUGAGCGAGUGGACGUCCCAGAACGUCGUCGAAUGGAUGGCUGCUCUGAAUCUGUACCGCUAUGCGGACGUUUUCAAGUCGAAGGACAUCAAGGGCAGCGAUCUGCCGCACCUGGACCGGGAGAAGCUCUUGAACAUGGGGAUCAAGGAUGAGUUCCAUCAGAGGAACAUCCUGGCCUGCAUCGAGGAACUCCUUCAGCCGUCCCCGGCCCCGUCUUUCCCAGAGGCAGCGAGCACGACGCCAGCGAUGCCGACCACGUCCACCAUGCCGGCCGAUUCCAUGGGUGGCGAGGCCGCGACCACCGGCAUCCCGCACACCCUUAUGCCGCAGAGCUUCAGCGUGCUGGAGAAGUGCGACAAGUGCCAUAAAUAUCUCAGAGGACUGCUGCACCAAGGUUUUCUCUGCCUAGAUUGCGGUCUGGUGGCGCACAGGACGUGUUCAGCGACGGGCUUGCCGGCGAACUGCAUGCCAGUCGACGCGGAAAAUCCUGCCCAUAGGUUUACUCCGGUAUUCGGUCUCGGGCUGUGCGCGCAAUUCGACAUCGCGGCACGCGCCGCCCCGGUCCUGGUGGAACGAUGCACCCGCGCCCUCGAGGAGAAGGCGUUCGCCGACAGCACGCUGGACCUGUACAAAGUCUACCACAGUAGUCCUCCUAACGAGCAAACGCUGGAACUGCGACAGAAAUUGAACGAAGACAUGUGCAACGCCGAUUUGAAUUCCUACACGCCUCAAUGCAUCGCGAGUGUCCUUAAGAAGUUUCUGCGCGAAUUGCCGGAUCCUGUGAUUCCUGUACUCUUUUACGAUAGGUUUAUAGAAGCGUCUAAUACGAGGAACGACGAGCAGUGCGCGGCACGUUUGACGCAGCUGGUCGACGAACUUCCACACCACCACCGUAGCACUCUGUUCCAUUUAAUGGCCCACUUCUGUCGGAUUUGCCAGUUACAGCACGCGAGAGGUUACACGGAGCCUCCUACGAUCCUUACGCAAGUCCUGUGUCACAUUUUCCUGAGGCCGCCUUGGGAACGGAUCGUCCAAAUAGUUCAUAAUAUCGAAGCUCACAUACGGAUAAUGGAGAUAUUGUUGCUGCACGGCGAUUGGAACGAGAAAUUGCCGCAGUUCGCGAGCCCACCGCAGUUACCGCCGCGAAAAGUCUCGAGGCCACAGUUUCCAGUUUUAGAUCCGUUCUCCAUGCUGGAGGAGGACGGUUCCAUGGACCGAUCGGUGUCGGGUUUGGAGAACAAGGACCAACAGCAACCGCUCAGGCCACGCACGCUUCAGGACGCCGAAUGGUACUGGGGGGACAUCACGAGAGACGAGGUGAACGAGAAGAUGAUCGAUUCUCCGGACGGCACUUUCCUGGUUCGUGACGCGUCCUCUAAGGGCGGGGAGUACACCCUGACAUUGCGUAAAGGCGGGACCAACAAGCUUAUCAAGAUUUGUCAACGCAACGGCAAAUACGGCUUCUCGGAGCCGUAUAACUUCCAUUCCGUGAUCGACCUGGUGGAUCAUUAUAGGAAUUGCUCGCUGGCGCAGUAUAAUUCCACGCUGGAUAUUAAAUUGUUGUACCCUAUUUCCCGGUUUCAACAGGAUGACGAAAUCGCGAGUACCACCGACAUGGCGAACGUCAUCCAGAAAUUCGUUGAACUCGACGAGGAGAUGUGUCACGCGUUGACGGAGUACAGGGAAUAUUCGGAACAGUACAACAGAACGUCGUUCGAGGUGCAGCUGAAACGGCAGGCGCUGGAAGCUUUCGGGGAGGCUAUCAAGAUGUUCGAGGAUCAGAUGAAACUGCAGGAGAAAUUCCAGAAAGAAGCUCAACCGCACGAAAUAUCGACUUUAACCGACAACGCCGAAUUGUUGAAGCAAAGACAGAAGGCCUUGGAAGACAGCAAAGAACAGUUGGAUCGUAGUCUAAAGGAGCAAAUCGCUUACAACAGGACCCUCGAAAGGGAGAUGCAGAAGUUGAAACCGGAUAUCCGACAGCUAGUGCGUCAAAGGGAGAAGCACAGCGUAUGGUUGAAGAAGAACGGCGUGAAGCAAAACAAAAUAAACCAACUCGUGUCGAACCAUUCGGUCUCUGAUUCAGUGUUGGGCGAUGUGGGUUACGGGGAUCUUCAAGAAGUUGACCUUGACGUUCAUUCCGAUGAGAAGACGUGGCUUUCUCUCGAGUGUUCUCGUUCCGACGCGGACCGUUUGCUGGCCGACCGACCAGAUGGUACCUUCCUCGUUCGGACCUCAAGGACUGGACAGUACGCGUUGUCAAUCAUGUGUAAUGGUACCGUAAAUCAUUGCAUAAUAUACGGGACGGAGCGCGGUUUCGGGUUCGCCGAGCCGUACAAUAUCCAUAAAAGUUUGAAACACUUGGUGCUACAUUAUGCUCAGAAUUCCCUCGAGGAACACAACGAGAGUUUGAACACGACUCUCGCUUAUCCGGCUUUCGCUUCGCCCGCAGCGUUGGCACAGUUACAGGCUCAACAGAUGCAGCUGCAGAUGCAGAUACACACGCAGAACCAACUGCAGUUCUCGCAUCCUCUCGAAAACCAGCAGCAUUACAUGCCGCACACGUAAUGCCCCCGUGUCCCUCGGCCACUGUGGUCAAUUUCUAAGCACGCUGUUAUUCCGGACACGUGCGCGCACGCGAGUCCUCCAUGGCUGGCCGCGUCGCGCGCGUUUCGGUUCCCGCCGUUCAGUGGCAACGGACGGCGAGGCUAGAUUUUUCCAGAACGUUUCGUGGAAAAAAAGAAUGAUAUUCCCGUUGGUAUUCGAUCGUUGCGACACAAUAUUUUCACGUGACAAGUUACAAAACGAAAUGAUCGAUCGUUCCACUUUUAUAAGAGAGAAGCGAAAACACUUCCUAAACGAAGCACAGUCGUAUUAUUAAUUAAACGAUGGAGAAACGUUGUUAGCGGUAGCGGCGGUAGUCCUCAAGAAACUAUAUAUAGUGAUAGCAUAAUUGUGUACGUACGUGUUACCGUGGCGCGGUAUCAAUUUGCUUCGGUCGGCAGGACCAACGACACGUCGCGAUAGGUUUUACAAUUAGUCUCUCAGGGUCUGCAGGCCUUCUAGGUGGGUCUUGUCGACGAUCAACUCGAAUCACUUAAAUCUUCGACACGUGUGUGUGAUCGAUGUAGCGAAAGGGAGGGAGAGAAUGAGAGAAC